CUCAUCGAUAACAUGCUUCUCACGGUUAUUUUUCUGUCCCUGUUGGCAUCAGCCGGUUUCUCUGUUACGGUGCUCCAGUCUGCAGAUCAGAUCGCUUCCUCGGAUGCUGAUGCGACGUUGGAGUGCAGUGUGGGCGCCGGGUUCUCCAUGAGCAGCUACACCAUGCUCUGGUACCGACAGAACCGCCAAGGGGCUGAAAUCCAGCUUCUUCUCGCAGAAUAUGAAACAACGGCCGGGCGCUACCGUUCGUCUCUCGAAGCCGAGAAAAACAAGUUUUCUCUCAGUAUUCCAGAGCUGAAAGUGAACGACAGCAGCAUCUACUACUGCGCUGCCAGGCACAGUGACGCACGCGGACCAAACACUCGUACAAAUACGAGGCUGGCUGCGACAGAGGCAGGAAGGAGCUGCGGCUCCACUCGUUUGGUUUCAUGUAUCAGGACAAUUGAUCAACCUCCGUCUUUAUUGCCUGAAGUUGGGCAACAGGCUGUGAACUUAAAAUGUGAACAAGACGACGAACAAUACCUGAACAUGUACUGGUACAGACAAAUAAGCAGCAUCAGCAGCAUGGAAUUAGUGGCAUAUUCUCUUGGUAAAGAUAUUUCAACUAUUGAAGCUCCGUUCCAGGACACCAAAUACUCCAUGUCCCGUCCGUCGACGCUGAGCACCACGCUGCAGAUCAACAAGGCCGAGCCUGGAGACUCGGCUGUGUAUUACUGUGCUUCCAUUCUGUGCUCCGACUCUUAUCCUGCUUAUUUUGGAGAGGGAACCAAACUCACAGUUCUUGAAGAUGGAGCAAAGGUCACUGAACCAAAUGUGAAAAUCCUUCCACCUUCACCCCAUGAGUGCAGAGACCAGAAGAAGGAGAAAGGAGAGAGGAGGAAGACCCUGGUUUGCCUGGCGUCUGGUUUCUACCCGGAUCAUGUCAGCGUGUUCUGGCAGCUCAACGGCCAGAACGUCACUGAUGGUGUGGCGACUGACGCCGCCGCCAAGAAGAAUGAAACCACAAAAAUGUACUCCAUCACCAGCAGGCUGAGGCUGCGGGCCAAGACCUGGUUCAACCCUGGCAAUGAAUUCAGUUGUCACAUCACAUUCUUUAAUGGAACUAACUACAAAAUCUACACAGCACCCAUUUACACCAAUGAAACGGACACAGGGAUGACACGAGAGAAAUAUUUAAGGAUCACCCAGAACGCCAAACUCUCCUACAGCGCCCUGAUCGUGAAGAGCUGCCUCUACGCCGCCUUGGUCUGCUUUCUGGUCUGGAGGCUUCAGAGUUCACCAAAAAAACGGAAGCAGUGAGAGCCGACAGCCGAGUCUUCAGGAGAAACUUUUUUUUAUUUUAUUUUUUAGUUAUUUUUAGCUUCUGUAAAUAAAAUGUGUGAAAAUGGCAGGUGGAGCCGUUUGUUUCUGACCUGAUGCAAACAUCCUGGAUAUUAAAAACAUGCAGGUUUUCUUGUUGAAAGGUAAACGCUCUCUGUGUUUUUGUUCGGCUCUUUCCAUGUAAUCUUUUCAUGUAUUUUCUCAAUAAAGACACGCAAGCAAA